AUAAGAAUCAAAACAAGAACAAAAACCUCAAACACACUUAAAAAAGAAGAAGAAGAUAUUAGCAAUCAUGGCUUCAAGAAAACCGUCGGUGAGGCAUCCGAGCCACAGCCAUCCAUUGCGCAGUCACAAGGCCCAAGUUGAAGAAGAGAUCAUCUGCUCUGGCUGCGACCUAGACCUGUUAGGCGCAGCUUUCAAAUGCACAAAGUCAGAAUGUGAUUACUUCUUGCACAAGUCAUGUUUCGAGCUUCCUCGUGAGACUCGCCACAAGGCUCACCCGGAUCACCCUUUGACCCUGCUUUAUUCCCCACCAUACGAGUCAACUUACACGUGCGAUGCAUGCGGUGAGUAUGGAUCCGGAUUCACUUACAACUGCUCUAUCUGCCAGUACGAUGUUCAUGUCGGAUGUGUGUCCAUGCCCGAGUCCGUGGAGCGUGAAGGACACGCACAUCCGCUCACAUUGCUCUACCGUUCCCCUUACCAGAACGGUUUGAUCUUUAACUGUGAUGUUUGUCAAGAGACUGUACCGGAUAACCUCUGGUCGUAUUAUUGCAAGGAAUGUGAUUAUGGCACGCAUUUACAUUCUUGCGCGGUAGAGGAAGAAGAAGAAGAGCCAAAAAGAGGAGGAGGAGGAAGCGGAAGAGGAAGCACAAGCAGUGGUGGUAAUAAGGGAGGGAGAGGGUCAGCGGCUUCGGAGUUGGCUGCAAUGUUGGAAGCUCAAAGGGAGAUGGAGAAGAUGCAGAUUGAGUUACAUAUGGAGAUGCAAAGAGCUAAGAUUGCUAAGAAAGCGAGAAAGGCUUGUCUCAAGUUGAUCUAAAAACGUUUUAUCAAAAAAAAAAAAAAAAAAAAGAAAUCGUUUCUCUGGAGCUAUCUGGGAUUCUUGAUGCUUUGGAAACUCGUUUAUUGUUUCUUGUGAUUGGACGUUCUUUGUUUUUCAUUGAAUUUGCAAGCUUCCAUGUUUGUUUUUUUCUCUUGAAUAAAAAGCCUUUUGAGUU